UAACUAACUCCCCCAGUACUUCCGUGUUUGCGUGUCCUGCAUGUCUUGCUUCUCCUGCAGGCUCAAGAGUGUCUUGUGGCUACUUAUUUGAGAUAAAUAAUCAUGUCUCUGGAGGUGGAAUCCGCAGACGUGAUCCGUCUGAUUAUGCAGUACCUAAAAGAAAAUAAUCUGCAGCGGACUCUAGUCACCCUGCAGGAGGAGACCACCGUGUCUCUGAACACUGUGGAUAGUAUAGAGAGCUUUGUGGCAGACAUAAACAGCGGCCACUGGGACACUGUCCUGCAAGCCAUCCAGUCCCUCAAGCUGCCAGAUAAGACCCUGAUAGACCUUUAUGAACAGGUGGUGUUAGAGCUGAUCGAGUUGAGAGAGUUGGGUGCAGCCCGUUCCCUCCUCAGGCAGACUGACCCCAUGAUCAUGCUGAAACAGACCCAGCCAGAGAGAUACAUCCACCUGGAGAACCUGUUGGCUCGCUCUUACUUCGAUCCCAGAGAGGCGUACCCAGAUGGCAGCAGUAAGGAAAAGCGCAGAGCGGCGAUCGCCCAGGCCCUGGCAGGGGAGGUCAGCGUAGUGCCGCCCUCUCGUCUCAUGGCUCUGCUGGGACAGUCUCUGAAGUGGCAGCAGCAUCAGGGCCUCCUGCCUCCUGGCAUGACUAUCGAUUUGUUCAGGGGUAAAGCUGCUGUUAAAGAUGUUGAGGAGGAGCGCUUCCCCACCCAGCUCAGCAGACAGAUCAAGUUCGGACAGAAAUCUCACGUGGAGUGUUCACGGUUCUCCCCUGAUGGUCAGUAUCUGGUCACUGGCUCCGUGGACGGAUUCAUCGAGGUCUGGAACUUCACCACCGGCAAAAUCAGAAAGGAUCUGAAGUACCAGGCUCAGGAUAACCUCAUGAUGAUGGAUGAUGCUGUGUUGUGUAUGGGCUUCAGUCGGGACACAGAGAUGUUGGCCACCGGAGCCCAGGAUGGGAAGAUUAAGGUGUGGAAGAUCCAGAGCGGUCAGUGUCUGAGGAGGUUUGAGCGCGCCCACAGUAAAGGAGUAACGUGUGUCAGUUUCUGUAAAGACAGCAGCCAGAUCCUCAGCGCCUCUUUCGACCAGAUAAUCAGAAUCCAUGGACUGAAGUCCGGUAAAACUCUUAAGGAAUUCCGCGGCCACACCUCAUUUGUGAACGAGGCCACCUUCACUCCAGACGGUCACCACAUCAUCAGCGCUUCCUCGGACGGCACAGUCAAGAUGUGGAACAUAAAGACCACCGAGUGCUCCAACACCUUCAAGCCUCUGGGCACGUCGGCCGGCACCGACAUCACCGUCAACAACGUCAUCCAGCUGCCCAAGAACCCGGAGCAUUUUGUCGUGUGUAACCGCUCCAACACGGUGGUCAUCAUGAACAUGCAGGGACAGAUCGUGAGGAGUUUCAGCUCCGGUAAGAGGGAAGGAGGUGACUUUGUGUGCUGCACUCUGUCGCCCCGCGGCGAGUGGAUCUACUGCGUGGGUGAAGACUUUGUGCUCUACUGCUUCAGCACCGUCACCGGCAAGCUGGAGAGAACGCUGACGGUACACGAGAAGGAUGUGAUCGGCAUCGCCCACCACCCCCACCAGAACCUCAUUGCCUCCUACAGCGAGGACGGUCUGCUGAAGCUCUGGAAGCCUUGAGGUGUUUGAUUCCAAACUGAGACGGGACGUUUGUCACCCAGCAGCUGCUCGCCUCACUCCUGGACACUGCUCUGCCCCUUCUGUUUGGUCUUUGUCUUUUUACAGCACUGGGGGAAUCCCUCUAUUUCAGGUCACUGUGAAGUUGAGGUUUUGGUAUACAUGUUGACAAUCUCAAUGGCACCAUAGGUUUUACUAGGGUUGGGCACCGUUUGGACUUUAAUGAUACGGAUUCCAAUUGCGAUUCUUCCUUAUGAUUCCAGUUCUUAUCUAUAUUUUCAGAUUCUUUGAGGGGCGGAGUUGAAACGGGUCACAUGCUUAUUUCACAAAUAAGAGGAAAGUUUUAUUUUGAUUCAAUGGUGGGUUGCAGUUUUACCGGGCUUUUUCAGCGUAAACUAAAG